CUCAGCGAGUGAAGGGUGCUGAAGUCUGUAUCGACAUGGAAUUGAUAAGUCUUCGAAUGGACUUUCUCAUUUUCAAAUGAAAGCGGAGUUAGGUAGGUAAUCCAGCCUUUCAAUAAGAAUAAAGGACAUUUUGGUUCAAAUGUUGUUUUUGUCUCGUACCUUUCAAUUGCAGUAAUCAAACUAGUGCGCCACUCCUCAGUUGAAAAACAAAUAGCUUAGCGAGCUGGCUAGCUUCAAGCUUGGCAAUGAGAAAGGGUACAUUUUCCUAUUACAUUUAGCUAACUGUUGCGCUUCCACGUUCAGCCAGCCACGUUACACACCAGAUUGGGCAUCCACUUUUCCAUGGUCAUUUUUCCUCUGUGUUUCGGAAGAGAUGCAAGACAUUGAGGUAGCCUACGUGUCGAAAUAGUAAACUAAGAAAGAAAGUAGAAUAUCAAAGAACGGACGCGAUCGCUUCGCUGGAGAAACACUCAUCCAAAACGUCUACGGAGGAAGUAGCUACGGACUAGCAGAAAUUGUGUGACAUCACAGGAGGAGCCAGCUGUGUCUGACUGACAGGUGUCACGUCACCGUACGGGCCAGCUGUCUGCGAGGGACCUGCCUGCAGAGAGACCCCAGGUGCAUUCUGGGAGACACGGCCUUUUCACACCCAGGACUGAAGGGCCUGUAGCAAGAAGAGGCAGGAAGAAAAGAAAGACGAGAGACGAAGACCCAGAAAAGGGAGAGGGAAAGAGUAGGGUAGCGGUGGAGGAGCGAGAGAACGCAGCGACGGGCGAAGGGUAGAGUAGCUGAAGAGGAGAAGAGGAAGAAGAAGAGGGAGGAGGAGGAGGAGGAGGAGGAGGCACGGGAGCCGGGAAGCGGUGCGUCAUGGGUAAGCAGAACAGCAAGCUGCGGCCGGAGGUGCUGAACGACCUGCGGGAGAACACGGAGUUCACGGACCACGAGCUGCAGGAGUGGUACAAGGGCUUCCUGAAGGACUGCCCCACGGGCCACCUGACGGUGGACGAGUUCAAGAAGAUCUACGCCAACUUCUUCCCCUACGGCGACGCCUCCAAGUUCGCCGAGCACGUCUUCCGCACGUUCGACACCAACGGCGACGGCACCAUCGACUUCCGGGAGUUCAUCAUCGCGCUGAGCGUCACGUCGCGCGGCAAGCUGGAGCAGAAGCUCAAGUGGGCCUUCAGCAUGUACGACCUGGACGGCAACGGCUACAUCAGCCGCGGCGAGAUGCUGGAGAUCGUGCAGGCGAUCUAUAAGAUGGUUUCCUCCGUGAUGAAGAUGCCAGAAGACGAGUCCACGCCGGAGAAGCGGACGGACAAGAUCUUCAGGCAGAUGGACACUAAUAACGAUGGCAAACUCUCCCUGGAAGAGUUCAUCAAAGGUGCCAAGAGCGACCCCUCCAUCGUCCGGCUACUGCAGUGCGACCCCAGCAGUGCCAGCCAGUUCUGAGAAACUGAAAACCGACAGACGUGACACACUGACUCGCCCCGCCUCUUCCCCCUGACUCCGCCCACUGCCCCGCCCACCACACCCUUAUCUGGGCCAGUCCUCAAUGUUCUAACCACUGCCUACCCUGUUAUUCCAGUGCUCUCUCUUUGGGCAGAUUAUUAUUAUUAUUAUUAUUAUUAUUGUUAUUAUUAUUAUUAUUGUUAUUAUUAUUAUUAUUUUACAUGUUUUAUUUGUCUUCAUUCUGGAGGCAGAAGUUCCUGUUUGUUUCAUGGAGGCAGUUUUGGUUUUUAAACAAGUAUUUUCCUUUUGUUUUAUUUUGCUAAAAAAAUUUUACUUUUUUUUUUUCUUUACGGAUUGAUUUCUGUUCAUUCGGAGAACUAAAUUAUGUCGGCUUUCAAAAAAUUUUAACAUUGAAUGUGUUCCGUGCGCACGAGCUGCUCCACGAUCGACUGUUUCGUGUUUUGUAUUCGAGCGCGCGCCUGCGCCUUCGCUUCGCUCCGUGGCAACGCAAUCCAGUCACAAACCCUCGCCGACAACCUUCGCCGAAGAGGAAAAUCCGUGGCUGUCAAAUAGCGGCUGAAUGUAGUUUGGAACCUAUACAAAAAAAACAAAAAAAAAAAAGCAUCGUUCUGUUUUUGCUUCUUUUUACGGGACUUGGCUUACAACCGCGCUGACGUCCGUGCUGUUCUUUCUUCCUUUUAGGCGAUUUCUUUUUUCUCUUCGUUGAAGUUUUUUUUUUUUUUGCCAUCUUACUAUAGUGAAAUAUAGACGAAACGUUUAUUGUUGCCGUUAUAUCGAAUGCAAGUCUUAGUUGUGGAAAAAAGAAAAGAAAAAAGUGCAAUGGAAGAAAAAAAAAAGAGAUGAGAAAAACACCCCAAAAAAAAAAAAGAAAAAAGAUAUUUAUGUUGGCGUGUGGAAUAUCUCUCGUGACCCGAUCGUGCUGUCCGGUCCGCUGCCCUUCCUCGCGAUGUGACUCCGCGCCCGCGAGCGUGUUGCAUGGUCGUCAGUGUAUGAAGUGCUUUUUCCCCCCGAACGUCGCUAUUCUCACUGAAGUAUUUGAUGUAAAACGAGCUCGUGCGAACCUCCGUGAUGGGGAUGGGGGUCUCUCUCUUUCUUCCUGCUCGGCCCUCUCCCUUUCUCUCUUUCUCUCCCUCUCUCGUCGUUCCUGUCAUUGUUGCGGUUCUAAUGGCUGCGAUUUCGUCGUUUUUUUGCCUUUGAUAACGAUGCUGAUAUCCGAGGCUUUUAAAAAAAAAAAAAAAAAAGAUUGUUACUGAUAUUAGCCGGCUGUCAUCGUCGUUGAAGAGGAGGCGCGUGGAACGUGAAACCGCCGAUAAUUGGAAGACGAGGCCGUGCUUUUCCCUCUCAUCCUCACGCGCACCCCCCCCCAGCCCCCCCCCCCAUGUGUUCACAGUGAGAAUCUUUCUACAUUCCAGUGUUACUUGAUAUUAUUAUGAUUAUUAUUAUUAUUAUUAUUAUUAUUUUCAUGAGCCUGCUGCCAAGAAGUGUAAGUGGGGAGAAAAAUAAAUAAAUAAAGUGUA